AAAGACAAACCAGAGCCAAAGCAGCCAAUCAAAGACAAACCAGAGCCAAAGCAGCCAAUCAAAGACAAAUCAGAGCCAAAGCAGCCAAUCAAAGACAAACCAGAGGCAACACAACCAAUCAAAGACAAACCAGAGGCAACACAACCAAUCAAAAAUAAGACAGAGCCAAUGCAGCCAAUCAAAGAGAAGACAGAGCCAACGCAGCCAAUCAAAGAGAAGUCCGGUAUGGUCAUCAGGGGUGUGACCUUUUACAAAGCAGAGGAGCAGAGCUACAAGGAGGAGGAUGAGGAAGAUGAGAAAAGUAGAGGAACAAACACAACUCCUACUGCCACCAAGAGUCCAGGACUUUCAACCACACAACUACACUUUCAGGACCUGUCAGAGAGACCUAGCAGUCCUGCACCUACCCAGCAACCAACAGCUCCCCUGACUACCACACCAGUUCUCACCACUACAACCACACCAGUUCCCACCACUACAACCACACCAGUUCCUACCACUACUACCACACCAGUCCCCACCACUACAACCACACCAGUCCCCACCACCACCAUCAAACCCACGACUGAGUUAACUACUAACAUUCCACCAACAACUCCAAAACCAAUGACAACCAAAAUGACAACUACUCCCCUCCAAACUACGCUUCAGCCUUCCCAGCACGCCCACCAGCACACCACCGCACCCUCAGAUACCAUCAUAGGUCCACCCAUUGAUGCGUCACCCACAGCAGUGUCUCGGCCAGGAUUCAGAACCCGGCUAGUAUGGACGGAGAGCCCCGCUGACCAACCAAAGACCACAAAGAAACCUGCGGUGUGUAAGGACACAGUAGCCAGCAUCUCUGAACCAGUCCAGCACAACUCUUUCGGCAGUAGAGACGGAUCCUGGAUGAGAGAUGCUCGCGGCCAUGGCAAUGUCAUCUACCUUACCAAUGGUCACUAUGGCAACAAUCUCCUGGAGUUCAGAGACAUGGACACCUUCAAAUCGGGUCAGGCAAGUAACUCAUACAAGCUGCCCUACAGCUUCACUGGAACAGGCCACGUGGUGUAUAAUGGAGCUUUCUACUACAACCGUGCCUUCAGCAGGGACAUCAUCAGAUAUGACCUGAGACACAGAUACGUAGCUGCCUGGACCACACUGCAUGAUGCUCUACUGGAGGAGCAAGCUCACAGGACACAAACUGAA